AAAGUGGCUCUCUUGCUUGAUCUCAAAGCACAGCACUGAUGCUACAGAGCAAAAGAUUACUGACGGCAGGAAAUUUUGUACCUACUAUACCAUUUCUUUGGUGAAGGCUACUCAGCAGUGGUGACCUCUUCUGAUCAACCACUCCACAAAUUAUUAUCUCUGGACUCCCAGCUGACACCCUGCCGGAGGCUAGAGCUACUGAAACAACUGGAAUUGUGCCCACUCUUGUCAAGGUUUUUUUUUUUUUCUUACACAGGGGAAAAAAAAGAUGAAGUUGGGCAAAGUGGAGUUCUGCCAUUUUUUGCAGAUAAUAGCUCUUUUCCUGUGUCUUUCUGGGAUGAAUCAAGCAGAGCUCUCGAAGUCCAGGUCAAAGCCCUACUUUCAAUCAGGGAGGACGAGAACCAAACGCAGCUGGGUGUGGAACCAAUUCUUUGUGCUGGAAGAAUACAUGGGUACAGACCCUCUCUAUGUAGGAAAGCUUCACUCUGAUGUUGAUAAAGGAGAUGGUUCCAUCAAAUACAUCUUGUCAGGCGAAGGGGCAAGUUCCAUUUUCAUUAUUGAUGAGAACACGGGGGAUAUUCAUGCUACAAAGAGACUGGAUCGAGAAGAGCAGGCCUACUACACGCUCCGAGCACAAGCGCUAGAUAGGCUGACUAAUAAACCUGUGGAACCAGAAUCUGAGUUCGUCAUUAAGAUUCAGGACAUCAAUGACAAUGAGCCAAAAUUUCUGGAUGGUCCUUACACUGCUGGAGUUCCUGAGAUGUCUCCUGUGGGCACCUCUGUGGUUCAAGUGACAGCCACUGAUGCGGAUGAUCCUACCUAUGGCAACAGUGCCCGAGUGGUUUACAGCAUUCUUCAAGGACAACCGUACUUUUCUGUGGAGCCAAAGACAGGUAUUAUCAAGACUGCCCUUCCCAAUAUGGAUAGAGAAGCCAAGGAUCAAUACCUACUUGUUAUCCAAGCAAAGGACAUGGUUGGGCAAAAUGGUGGAUUAUCAGGGACUACAUCUGUAACUGUCACCCUGACUGAUGUUAAUGACAACCCACCCCGCUUUCCACGUCGAUCAUAUCAGUAUAAUGUUCCAGAGUCUUUGCCUGUGGCUUCUGUGGUGGCCAGAAUAAAAGCUGCAGAUGCAGAUGUGGGACCCAAUGCUGAAAUGGAGUAUAAGAUUGUGGAUGGUGAUGGUUUGGGAGUAUUCAAAAUUUCCGUAGACAAAGACACCCAAGAAGGCAUCAUUACAAUUCAGAAGGAGCUGGAUUUUGAAGCUAAAACAAGCUACACCCUGAGAAUAGAAGCAGCCAAUAUGCAUGUUGACCCUCGCUUCCUAAGUCUGGGACCCUUCAGCGAUAUGACAACAGUGAAGAUAAUUGUGGAAGAUGUUGAUGAGCCGCCCGUGUUUACUUCUCGUUUGUAUUCCAUGGUGGUGUCUGAAGCAGCAAAGGUUGGCACUAUCAUUGGAACCGUAGCAGCCCAUGACCCAGAUGCUUCAAAUAGUCCUGUCAGGUACUCAAUAGAUCGGAACACAGACCUGGAGAGGUAUUUCAAUAUUGAUGCCAACAGUGGAGUCAUUACAACCGCCAAGUCUCUGGACAGGGAAACUAAUGCUGUUCAUAACAUCACAGUUUUGGCAAUGGAGAGUCAGAAUCCAGCACAGAUUGGGAGAGGCUACGUAGCCAUUACAAUCCUUGACAUCAAUGACAAUGCCCCUGAGUUUGCCACGGAGUAUGAGACAACUGUCUGUGAAAAUGCUCAACCUGGUCAGGUCAUCCAGAAAAUCAGUGCAAUUGAUAAAGAUGACCCACCAAAUGGUCAUCAGUUCUACUUCAGUUUAACAGCAGAGGCAGCAAAUAACCACAAUUUUACACUGCAGGACAACAAAGAUAACACUGCAACAGUACUAACUAGAAGAAAUGGGUUCCGGAGACAGGAACAGUCUGUUUUCUACUUGCCAAUAUUCAUUGUGGACAGCGGAUCACCUUCACUUAGUAGCACUAAUACCCUCACCAUCAGAGUCUGUGAUUGUGAUGCAGAUGGUAUUGCUCAGACAUGCAAUGCAGAGGCGUACAUCUUGCCUGCAGGACUUAGCACUGGAGCCCUGAUAGCAAUACUGGCCUGUGUCUUGACAUUACUAGUUCUUGUCUUGCUGAUUGUCACCAUGAGGAGACGAAAAAAAGAGCCCCUUAUUUUUGAUGAAGAGAGAGAUAUCAGAGAAAAUAUUGUCAGGUAUGAUGAUGAGGGUGGUGGAGAAGAAGACACCGAGGCUUUUGACAUGGCUGCCUUGAGAAACCUCAACAUCAUCCGAGAUACCAAGACCAGAAGGGAUGUGACGCCUGAGAUUCAAUUCCUGAGCAGACCGACUUUUAAAAGCAUCCCAGAUAACGUCAUUUUUAGGGAGUUUAUCUGGGAAAGACUAAAAGAAGCGGACGUGGACCCCUGCGCUCCACCAUACGACUCCCUGCAGACAUAUGCAUUUGAGGGGAACGGCUCCGUGGCGGAGUCGCUCAGCUCGUUAGAUUCCAUCAGUUCGAACUCUGAUCAGAAUUACGAUUACCUCAGUGACUGGGGCCCUCGUUUUAAACGACUUGCGGAUAUGUAUGGAACUGGACCAGACUGCUUAUACUCAUAGCCUUGGAAACUUUCUCUGAAAAUGCACUGAAGAAUAGUAAAACAAAAAACUCAACCAUACGAACUGAAGAGAGUUGUACAUAUUUCUCCAUUUUUAACCUUUUAGGUUUUUUUGCCUUGGUGAAACAUAUCUUCAUUAGACUUGUCCUAGGGACUGCACUGACCACACAGAAUCUGAGCAUUUGAUGGCAUUUUUGAUAAAAUGAAAUGCUCAGCCACGUUCAAAUAGAUAGCAACCCUCAGGUACCUGCAGAGGCAAGUAACUUUCAAGGGUAUGUAGUGCACUGUGACCUCAAUGAGCCAAUGAUACUCUGUAGAUGCCUUCACAGUACUGCUAUACGUAGAAUGCAGAGUCUCUGGUAAGACAUAAGCGUAAGAAGAAACAAAUCAGCAAAUAUAAUACAGCAUUCAAUACAGCAUUACAAUAUAUAAUAUUUAGAAAUGCAACUUUUUUGCAAUUUUUCUUUACAGCGUUGCAUGUAGCUAGCUAGAUGGAAAACAGGAAGACAGAUCUAAAGCGAACAAAAACACAUGAGAUCGUUUAUAAAUUGUUCUUGUUUGUUCUUGGAGCUAUUUAAUUGGAAGUCUCUGUAAGUUCCUAGGUAAUUUCAUGAAAAAUUACAAUUUUUACUAAGAAAUCCUGCAAUGUUUGUCAUCGACUUACCAAAGUUCUUUAUAAAUCACAUAAAAUGAGAAAUAUGGAAGGGUAGUCUUAAAGUUAAAAAGUUUUGUGAUGCCCCUGUAGGUAUGGAAAAGAAGUUGCUAUCUAUUUGUUAUUUUUUAUUAUCUCUUCUGAUUUGUACAGGAGAAUUUAUCCUU